AUGGCGUCUUGGACUGUGUACUGCGGGGUUGUAGCAAUCGCUAUAUUCCUCCUUAGGCGACUGUAUCUCAGAGUUGCACACACGGCAUCUGAUCAUAGAUCUCAACUAAAGCCAAGAAAUGUUUCUACUAGUAAAGAGAGGAUUGACGUCGCAAAGGCCUAUCAGAUUACUCCCUUGGCCGAUUUCGAUUGGCAAGCCAAAGAACCACUCAAGUUUCGAACCUUUAAACCCAAGUAUCAUUUGACAAUGGGCAUCUCGAACUUGUCUCUAUCGGAGCUCAUCGAGAUAGACCGCAACUAUCUGUCUCGCAUCAAGAUCCGGAAGCAGAUCAUUCAAGAUCAUCACGAUACUGUCAUCCAAGCUUCGCCGGCCAGCAGAACAGCCCUUAAUGAACUCUACACCUGGCUGACCGGCUCCUAUCUACCAACCCGCUUUCCCUCCAUGUUCACGUUGUCACCCACCCAUCUACUCAAUCUAGUUACUUCGGAGUCUCUUCCAUUACAGCCACCCACAGACCCAAUCCAAACUUUCGAGCUUUUAGGAAAUAAUCUAGAUGAGGACUUCGUCCUGUUGCUGCCGUCAAGUGAUGGUGAUCAAUACGAACUUAAGGGGUUCGUGACCUGUUUUCCUUCGGGUUUCAAUACGAAAGAGAAGUUCGGGAUGACGCUAAGAGAUAUUCAUACCCCCGUUCCCGGGUACAAAGAAAAGUUAGAGACGAGCAUGGAUAGAUUCUUUGCAAGAUUGGAAGUGGGGAGGGUUGUACAGAGAUCAAACUGGGCUAUAACAACCCAUGGCCGCUUGUUUGCAGCGAGUGGCACCCACUUGUACGAAGGUGAAGAGCCCGAACCAGAGGAUAUCGACACUUUCCUCCGGUGUGAGCGUCAGCUAUUACAUCGACUUCCCAAGUCCAAGGCACUAGUGUUCUCAUUCAAAACCUACCUAUAUCCCCUUUCGGAUAUCAAAAAUGAAGGUUUGGGCGAGGACCUCGCUCAAGCUAUUGAUGGGCUGAAGGAAGGAAGUGUCCCUGCGAUGCACUUCUACAAGCGGGGUGUUGUCUGGGGAGAAGCUGUGAAAUCCUAUCUUCGAGCCGAAUGA